UGCUUUCCUCCCCAGGGCUGGGCCUUUGCUCUGCACCGGUUUUCGGUAUCAGGAGUGGCACGUGGCCUCUAACCACAGGUUAGAGAGCUGAGACACUGACAGAUCAGACCCAGCGGCCAGGGGACAGGCUCUGCUGUACAAUGACGGAGCAGGUGACUCCCAGCCCCGUCUCAACAGAGCUGACGGCCACCAUUGACUUUUACCCCUGGGAGGACGGGUACUCGGGCCAGACCAGCAUGUUGCCUGAGCUCUGUGAGAAGCAGGAGGUACAGGGCUUCGCCCGCACCUUCCAGCCUGCCGUGUACCUGCUGCUCUCGCUGCUGGGCAUAGUGGGGAACGGGCUGGUGCUGCUCACACACACCCGCUACCGCCAGGCACGCAGUGUCACCGAUGUCUGUCUCCUGCACCUCGCUCUGUCCGACCUCCUGCUGCUCCUGACGCUGCUCUUCGCCGCCCUCGACACGCUGCAGGGCUGGUCCCCAGGCACAGCCGCCUGCAAGGCGCUGCAGGGUCUCUACUCCCUCAACUUCUACAGCGGCUUCUUCUUCCUCACGUGCAUCAGCGUGGAUCGCUACGUGGCCAUCGUGCAGGUGCCGGCCGCCUGCCGCCUGCGCCCACGGGCUCGCCGGCUCGGCUGGCUCACGGCGGGGCUGGCCUGGCUGCUGGCCAUGCUGCUAGCACUGCCCCAGUUCAUCUACAGCCAGGCAGAGCAGCACCAGGACCUCCGCCUCUGUCGUGUGGUCUUCCCCCGUGAGGUCUCACGGGUAGCCCGCGGGGCCACCGACCUGCUGCAGGUGGUGCUCGGCUUCGCGGUGCCCUGCCUGGUGAUGACGAGCUGCUACGCAGCUGUGGCACGGACACUGCUGGCGGCCCGCGGUGCCCAGCCCCACCGGGCUCUGCGGGUGCUGCUGGUCCUGGUGCUCGUGUUUGUGGCCCUGCAGCUGCCCCACAGCCUGAUGGUGCUGCUGGACGCGGCCGAGCUGCUGCUCCCCUGGGAGAUGAGCUGCGCCCAGAGCCGCCGCAAGGACCUGGCCCUGCUGGUCACCGGCGGGCUGGCGUACCUGCGCUGCUGCCUCAACCCCCUCCUCUACGCCUUCCUCGGCCAGCGCUUCCGCCGGGAGCUGUGGAUGCUCGCCAGCGACUGUGUGGGGUCCCUCGACCCGCGCUGCUCCGGCCGCUCCAGUCUCCGCCGGCGGACAUCGCUCUCCACCUAUUUGUACGUGGUGUAGGAGCCCGGUGCCGCGGGGCUCGGUCCCUCCGCGAUUCUCCGGGGACAGCCCCGUCCGCCCGCAUACCCGCCCCGGUGAGCAGCGGGACACGGGCAGCACCAGACAACCCGCACGGGGCCUGCACACGCCUGGGCAGAGGGGAGAGCAGCCCCGCAGAGCCUGCACGCCCUGCGACUGCCUGCCCUGCCCGGUGACCCGCGGGGCUGCGGUCCCUGCAGAGACCCUGCAAUGUCACCGCGCCGCGGGCCGUGCGAUGUUUCGCGUGCUCUGGGGGUCCGGGCGGUGCCGGUGAGCCGGUUCGGUGGGUGCAACGCUGGGGCCAGGCAGGCAGCUGGUUCUCACUCUCACAAUAAACCCCGGACGAGCUGGC